AUGUCUGGCAAGAAAACUGGCAACACAAUGGGCGACUGGUUUCGCAACAUCUUGUCGUGCUGUGACAAGCAGGAGGAGGAGGAAGAGGAGAGGCCGGCACUUCAGAUCAGUGGACCGAUAGACUUCAGGCGAGAAGAUAUAAGCAUACCCGGUCUCGAUCCUGAACAACAACGCUGGAUCCGGGAAAAAGCCAUAACAGACGCUGGUCGAAUGUGGGACCAUCUUCAGCCCCUCCGCUCGUCACCAUCAGGCCAAUUCGCCGAUCCAAAGAACACCGCCACCCUACCCACCUACGAAGAGUUCACCACCCCUCGCUCAGCACCCUCACCCACCGCCACAUCCCCGACUCACACACAAUCUCGCCGCACAUCCGUCUCCUCGAACGCGCUGGAACGUGUUCGGGCUCAUGCUCGUAAGGUCAGCAAUACCCUUACCAAACCUUUGGGCGGCUAUCAGUCCGUGGCUUCGAAAGACUCCAAGGAGAGCGGGAGUCCGUACGAGAUGCGGGCGCUUAUGGAUCCGAGUCGGACGCAAGUGGUUAGUCCCGGGAAGAUGAGUGUGGAGGUCGGAUUCUGUUAUGGGGAGUGA